CACCGAGACGUUUUAUCGCCGAUGACAAAUUUUAAUUCGCCGUGUAUCCUCCGGAUCGACUUAAUUGAUUCGUAACGAAUUAUGACGAAGGAUUAACGAAUGCCGACAAUUUGAUCCAUUGAUUUUUUUUUUUUUUUUUCUAACAUUCCUUGAUCUAUUAGCAGGAUAUAUAUUUCGUUUCGUCGGUUGGCCAAGGUCGUCGAUUUUCCUACAAAAGUCGAUUCACGAAACGUACGAAAGUUAGUCUUUAACGAGUUAAAAGAUUAGAACUUACAGAAUUUGACGAAAUUUUAUCGAAAAAAAUGAUAUUCGUACGGAACGUUCUGUUAUUAAUCGUCGUUCGGUAUUGCGUUUGCUUUUAUUAUGAGCCAGGUGGUAUAAGUGAUUCAUUAUUAUUCGGUUCUAAUUUAGAAAAAGACAAAUUGGAGCGCGUCAAUUUUUACAAAGAACGAUAUGGUAAUCAGGACAGAUCUCUAUACGAUAAAAACUUGUCGACGAAUCACGAACGAAAUGAGAACGCGGCUCGUUACGAUGAACAGGAUAAAGAACGAGGAGGAUUCAACAAGGAUCAACAUUCUUCAGGUCAUACUGAAAUUUCAAACGAGUCCGACAAUUCUUAUCAUAGACACGGUACUAGCUAUUACAAAAAGGGUUAUCAUAAUAUUGGCUUCAGUAAUAAUUAUCAUAAAGAUGAGUCCGGUAAUAAAACGAGUUUUUACGAGGAUAGCGACGACGAGAAAGGGCAUAGGGCUUUUGACAAAAAUGCUGCUUCCUAUGAGAACAAUUUGGAGGAUAUUUUCAGGGAUGGAACACAUGAUGCUUCUUUUAGGGAAAGAAACAAAGCAGAACAUGGGAAUUAUGAUAAUGGUCAGAGAUACGUUGAUUCCCGUGCACAUUAUGAUCAGUUUCAAAAUAAUCAGCGAUACGACGAUGAACGAAAAUAUCUGCACGAUGACGUAGGAAGAUAUUACGAUAGAGACCGUGAUCAUUUUCGAGAUUACGGUUAUCAAUAUUAUCCAUACGCAUACGAUGAUGGAUAUGCGUCUUCUCAUUUUUAUCAGAAUUAUCAUGUUGAUACACAGCCUAGACGCUACUCCGUGGAUCCAUAUCUUCUCGAAUAUUUAAGAGAUCAUCGUUAUAUUCCAAAUUAUCAUAAUCGAAGGAUCUAUUAUCCGAAUGAAGAGUAUUACGAUAAGGCCUAUCGUAAUCGUUAUUACAAUAUUAAUUUCAAUAAUAAUAGAUUUGGGAACAGAUACUUGCCUUACGAUGGUGGUCGUCAUUACAAUUAGAAUAUAGAAUUCUAAUUUUACGAUUGCAAGUAGAUUUAAUGGUAAAUAAAUUAAUUAAUUAAAAUUGCAAAUAUAAUAAAGAGAAUAAGUUUAUGAAAA